GUCCCGGCUGGGCCCCUCGGUGCUGGCGGCCCCGGCGAGCCGGCGUCGGCCUUGGCGGUCCGCGCUGGCGCCAGGCGCCCGGGAGUUGGGGCGGCUCGGCUGAGGCUGGGUCCCCGCGAGGGGACUGGGAGGCUCCGGGCUGCGGACGGAAGUGCAGCCGGGGGACCCGAGACCUGCUGCCUUCCGAGCGCCUGCUCUAUUUGCUUGGGGUGGGAGGAGUAAUUGCUUUAUUAUAGCAGUUAGGGACCAUUUGUGAUUCUUAAAAAACAGUUUGUCAAGUUGCUCCUCUCCUGGUUUUUGUUUGGGUGAGAAAAAGUCACGGAAGCUGGAAGACGCUGUGAACAAGUUGAAAUCAUCGCAGAAGGAUAAAGUUCGUCAGUUUAUGAUCUUCACACAAUCUAGUGAGAAAACUGCAGUAAGUUGUCUUUCUCAAAAUGACUGGAAGUUAGAUGUUGCAACAGAUAAUUUUUUUCAAAAUCCAGAACUUUAUAUACGGGAGAGUGUAAAAGGAUCCUUGGACAGGAAGAAGUUAGAACAACUGUACACUAGAUACAAAGACCCUCAAGAUGAAAAUAAAAUUGGAAUAGAUGGUAUACAGCAGUUCUGUGAUGAUCUGGCCCUCGAUCCAGCCAGCAUCAGUGUGUUGAUCAUUGCAUGGAAGUUCAGGGCGGCCACACAGUGCGAGUUCUCCAAGCAGGAGUUCAUGGAUGGCAUGACGGAGUUAGGAUGUGACAGCAUAGAAAAACUAAAGGCCCAAAUACCCAAGAUGGAACAAGAAUUGAAAGAACCAGGACGAUUUAAGGAUUUUUACCAGUUUACUUUUAAUUUUGCAAAGAAUCCAGGACAAAAAGGAUUAGAUCUAGAAAUGGCCAUUGCUUACUGGAACUUAGUGCUUAAUGGAAGAUUUAAAUUCUUAGACUUAUGGAAUAAAUUUUUGUUGGAACAUCAUAAACGAUCAAUACCAAAAGACACGUGGAAUCUUCUGUUAGACUUCAGUUCAAUGAUUGCAGAUGACAUGUCCAAUUAUGAUGAAGAAGGAGCAUGGCCUGUUCUUAUUGAUGACUUUGUGGAAUUUGCACGCCCUCAAAUUGCUGGGACAAAAAGUACAACAGUGUAGCACUAAAGGAACCUUCUAGAAUGUACAUAGUCUGUACAAUAAAUACAACGGAAAAAUGCACAGUCAAUUUCUGCUGGCUGGACUGAACUGAAGAUCAAUCCUCAUAGUUCAAACUGAGGGUUGAGACAAAACUUUAAGGCUACAUCGUGGACCAUGUCGUACUCCACUCUUCUACUGGUGGUUUGGGCUUCUCUUCUAGUCUGGGCCACUCUAGACAUUUAUAAUUCCAACAUUGUGGAUUUCAUCUUAUACCUGUGGACCAUCUUAGUUUGUCUUCCCAUAAGUCAUAGAAGCUUGAUGGUGAUUAUUUUGAGGUUUCCAUUCUUGCACAAAGCACAAUGCUGUCUUCAUCAGGAAACAGUUUGGCAUUAGAAUUAAACAUGAUAAUGAACACCACAAACAAUCUAUAAAACUUCUUAAGCAUAUGCUUUGGGCUAGCUGCAAAGACUAUGCUGGUAGCACUUCAAAUGAGAGGGAUUUAUCCAAGUGUGCUGCAUCUGGAAUGGUGUUUGGUUGGGGGAAUUUAAUUUUCCUGGCAAACUACAUGUACUGUUGGUGUGAGUAGAGUACCUGAUAAAAGAAAUGUCAAAAUAACCAACACAUGAAAAAAAAAAAGGUUAAUCUGGUGACUCCCUGAAAUAUGUCUUAUGUUUCAGACCUCACGAAGGUUUUACAAAACAAGUCUGGUUAUCUUACCCAUGUUUGUACGCAGUGUCCUGCAGUGAACUUUUAUUUAAAAAAAUAUUGUAAUGAGACCGAAUGUUAGACUCCACUCUCAUGUACAUCACACAUCACAUAAUCUGAUUUCAUUAUGCUUUGAAAUGCUUCUAUGCCUUUCGAAUAAGUUAAACUAUCUCAUUUGUUUUGAAUGUUUUGGAUUGCUAUACAAUAUAAUAUUCUAAAUUUAGGCAUGAGGGUUUUAGGUUUGGUUUUUUAAAUUUUUUGUCAUCGCACUAUGGAACACAAUGCAAUUCACUUAAUUUAUAAGAAGAUAGUAAGAUUUAGAUUUUGGAAAUGGUUGUGCUGAGCCUAGAAGUCCAACCUUUCUCCCAUGGCACUGCUCUCUGAGGCGUGGCCAGCCGUGCUGGCUGCUGACUGUUGAAAUGGCUUCGUGCUGAAUCACUGCUUUCCAAGUCCUUACUCCGGGGCAGAGACGGUCAGGCAGGCAAGCACUGGCCACAUACCAAUGGGUUCUGUUCUAGAAAUUAUUUGACUUUUGACUCUUUUUGUCUCACUUGCAUUUGCUAGUUCCACAUCAAAGCAGAAUGCAGUCUUGAUUGUUUGUUUUUGUUUUUUGUUUGUUUUGUCCAUGACAGGACUCAUGACUUGCUCUCCUGCUGAAAAUGCUCAUUUAUCUGAUAACAUAGUGACAUGUGAAAGGGGUGUAUUCAUAAAUAUUUUCAUGAGGAAGUUAAAAUGAUGAACUAAAUGUUGGGUGACCGGUCUUCAGUAGGAACAGGUUUUGCUUCAUGUAUCCAGGUCCUCUGCAGGGUACCAAGGGAUGUUCUUCAGGAUAGCAGAAUAAUUUAUGCAGAUAUGGAAAUGAUUAAAACUGCUUUUUAGUCACAUGAUUUGGAAAAUGCAUAGAAAGCUUUCCUUACAGAUAUAUCAUUAAUCCAAUCAUAACUUUAAUUUAGGAAUGCAUUUCAACCAAAAGAAGCUUAGAGUAAAUUUCUAUUCACGUUACAGGAAUUGGUUAUUAAAAGAAAAAAGAAUCUUGCUGUUUUCAGUAUUUCUUGAUUUCAUUUUUGUAAAUAUAAAGAACUUCAAUUAUGAAAAAAAUUAAAGAUAUAUAUGUAUAUAUCUUUAAAAGUUUUGCAGACCUAUAUUGUUUGUUCCCUACGUGGGACAUUUUGAGUUCUGGUAUUGUUUUCAGAUUGAUUGAUUCAGAUAUGAUUUGUUUUCAAAUGAGACUCCAUUAGCUUCUUUCCCUGCCUCAUAAAUUUUUUUUUCAUAAAAAUCUUGAUAUUUGUGUGUGGCCUAAUGCUUUGGGUUUUACAGAUUUUAUUUUUAAAUGCAAGACUUUCUAACAAAAUAGUGCUUGUCAUCAGUUUGGUACUAAACAUUUACAAUUACUGUGUAAUUAUAAACAAAAAUAUAUAAAGCUUUUAAUUAUGUAGCAAAAAGAGUUAAGGUUGUUCACCAUGAUGGCAUCUUAGAAUUAAACAAGACUGUUGCUAGGGCUCCAAGAGAAAAAUGAUUUAAUGUGUUUAUUCUGAGGGUGAAUGUCUGGUUAUAGGGAAUGUUUUGUACUAAAAAUGCUUACCCUGUUGGGGGAGGGGCAUCGCAAGUCUGGGAGAGGAAGGGCACACGCAUGCACGGCCAGCUUGACAGGCUCAGUUUGUGGGGUUCAGUCUUAGUUUGGGUCAGGUCUCUAAGCUGAUUCUUUUCUUUUCAGACAACCAUAGGGAGAGUUUACUUUUUGCCAAAUGUCAGAACAGGUACACAUUUUAAAAUGUAAUGCUUUUUCAAUAGUAAAAUGUAUAAAAUGAGAAGUACCCACAUAUAAAAAUACUUGAGGUCAAGGUUCUCUUCAGUGACUAUCACCUGCAUAUCUCUGUAAGUUCAAGUGUGUCUUUUCCAAUCCCUGUCAUAUUACCCACAGAGGCAAUAAAAGCUUCAGUAAAUUUGCCAU